CGGUUUGAAACCCACGCGCAAGGUGGGAACUUGAAAAUAUUUAUUUCAUAACUGAGCUCGAAUGGUAUGCGAAUGAAUUCUCGCAUAUUGCAGUGAGUGGCGUAACUAAAAAGUAAUAUUAUCAUUUAACGACUAACCAUAAACAGUACAAAGUAAUUACUCGAAUAUUACACGAAUGAACGAAAUUCCACUACCAAGUUACUGUAUUGUUCCUAGAAAAUCCUAAGCAGUUAGGUAAAUAAAAGCUUUUAAAGUGUAUAAUGUUUAAAGACAAAUCAGAGGAGAAUUCGGCGAGUACACAGUGUAGUGGCAAAUAUGUUUCGGAAGUGUCCUUGGAUAUACCACCAGAUGGGUUAUACACAGGUUCCAAUGACUGCAUUAUCGAGGAAGUACGUGCGAAAAAUCAGCGAGGCUGUUGUGAAAUCACCGAUGAUUGGCUAAAAACUACCGCAUCAAAAAUCUUUCGCAAAAAGACUCUCUACAAACGGUUACCCAUUUUGGAGUGGUUACCUAAAUAUAAGAAAAAUUAUUUUGUUGGUGAUUUGGUGGCUGGUAUAACUAUUGGUUUAACUGUGAUACCUCAGGGUCUGGCUUUUGCAGGCAUAACGGGCUUGGAUUUGCAAUAUGGGCUGUAUAGCUGCUUCAUGGGCUGCUUUAUCUAUGUAAUUUUCGGUACCAGUAAGGAUGUGCCAGUUGGGCCCACUGCCAUUGCUGCACUGCUCACAUUUCAAAUUGCCCAUGGCAGCUUGGAAAAGACAAUUCUACUCACCUUUCUUACUGGCAUCAUUGAAGUGCUGAUGGGUAUAUUCCAGUUAGGUUUUCUCAUAGACUUCGUAUCAGGACCUGUCAGUGCGGGAUUCACCAGCGCCGCUUCAUUGAUCAUCUUUACCUCACAACUGAAAGAUAUGCUGGCCGUAGAGGCCGCUGGCGAAACCUUAGUACAUAUGUGGAUGUCCAUAGUAAAGGAUUUUCAUAACAUAAGCUGGAAUGAUGCUGCGUUGGGUUUAAGUUCUGUGAUUUUGUUACUUUCCAUGCGGGCUAUGACAUUUGUCACCAUCGGCCCGAAAGAAGGUAAAACAUGUUGGCAACGAGUUUUGCAGAAAACCAUUUGGUUGAUUGGCACCUCCCGUAAUGCAGUGCUUGUGAUAUUGGUCGGUCUGUUGGGUUAUGAAUUGCUCCAUUCAGGCAUCGAUAUCUUUCGCAUGGUUGGUUAUGUGCCGCAAGGAUUGCCUGAGUUAAAGAUGCCAGCAUUCUCCGUGACCAAAUACGCGAAUACAACGAGCGGGGAAAUUGUGACUACGCAUGAGAAUUUCAUCGAUAUGGUCCGCAGUUUAGGUAGUGGCCUGAUUGUCAUACCGCUCGUUUCGCUACUGGAGACCACAACGCUGAUACAUACUUUUGCUGAUGGCAAAUCUUGUGAUGCUAAUCAAGAACUCAUUGCUAUUGGCCUUUGCAAUGUGGGUACUUCCCUUGCGCAAGGCUUUCGCGGUAACGGCCCCUUGGCUCGCGGAGCUGUCUUAAACGCCAGUGGCGUUAGAACUCAGAUGUCUAAUUUAUACGCGGGCAUCGUUGUUGUCUUUGCCUUGCUUUAUCUUACUCCUGCCUUCUAUUACAUUCCGAAAGCAGCUUUGGCGGCGAUUAUUGUUUCGGCAACGAUAUUUAUGUUACAGUAUCGCGUAAUCAAGCCCAUGUGGCGCAGCAAAAAAUCCGACCUCAUUCCCGGACUUGGUGCCUUCAUAGCAUGUAUUGUAUUACCUAUACAGAUGGGCAUCUUGGUUGGCAUUGGCAUCAAUAUCGUUUUUAUUCUGUACAGCGCAGCGCGUCCAAAACUACGUAUGGAAAAUUUGAGCACAUCAAAUGGCAUUAGAUACAUAAUGCUCACUCCAGAUCGGUGCUUGAUCUUUCCUUCAGUCGAAUUCGUGCGCAACGUGAUUAACAAGCAUGGGCGCACAUCGACACUUCCAGUGGUCAUUAAUUGCACUUAUAUUUACGGCGCCGACUUCACAGCGGCCAAAGUUGUUUCAAUGCUAAUCAAAGACUUCGAAACACGUAAUCAAAAGCUCUACUUCUACAAUCUUCAAGCACGAGUCUCACAGGUUUUCGAAGGUCUCAAUAAGGGAUUGAUCGUUAUAUACGAUGCUGAACAUUUGGAAAGAGAGCUUUCAGGCAAAGACGAUAAUUCCAAGCUGUGAAUUAAUGGCAAUAAAUGGAUAAUUGGAAAUUGUUUGUGUGGCUGCUGCUGGUGUAAUAAACGGAUGCGCACUCGAGCGGAAACGAAGUGUCAAUACAAAUGAAGUGAAGGUGUAAAGUGGUGAAAGUGCAUCGCCGUAGAUUGAUGAGAGUGCGAAUACUAAUAUGCGGCGAGGGCAGUAAUAUCGUGAUGAACAGUGUUGUGAUUUUAAAGACGUUUUUGUAGCUCUAAUUGCAUGUUUUUUACGUUUACAUUUGUUUUUUAUAAAUAUAUGUAUGUAUGCAUAAUCGUUUUUUAAGCAAAUAUUGUGAUAGAAAAUUAAAAUGCUUUCCAUAAUUCAGCAUUCAUUGAGUCAUCUCAUCUUUCAUUUGUGAAAACUACAAUUAACUACUCUUAGGUAGUAAACCACAGUUAAUUGUCAACUUAUCUAUCUAUCUAUAAGUACAUACAUACAGUUGUGCUCAUACAAUUAGGCCACUCGUAUGACCAAACCAACGUGGCAAUUUGAAACAAGGCAAAUAAAAACA